AUGAACCGCUUAAUUCGCUUGCUUUUUGUCUCUUUGGCUGCGUCAUCAGCUAUCGCAGCUCCAGCUCCCGAGCGGUCCGAGCCAGUGCCGGCGGUUAGAGAGGAUACCUUCUCUGAGUACCUCCACAACAUCAAUGAAAACUCGAUUCACAAAGCUCUGCAUCUGAUAGAGCGAUUUCGCCAUGGCGUCUUCCCCACUGACAGAGACGCUAUUGAUGCCAUCCAGAGAGAGGAUCGGUCACUGGCAGCACAUCUGAACCUCGCAAGAGAUGUCAGCAGCAACGCCACUACGUCUUCGACCCAGCCGCCUUCGACUACUACUCAGCAGACCACUUCGGAAACGACUACCACCACCGAAUCACAUACAACGACUUCCAACCCAUCCAACACCACUCCUACUACUACUCCGACGCAGCCUUCUACUACAACCACCACAAGCGAGACCACGACGUCGACUKCUCAGACCACUCCUGCACCCACCACGGCUAGUGCCACUACUACCACGUCGACUACCACCUCGCAAACCGGCACAACUCUGACAACUACGUCCUCCACAACCGAGGGUUCAACCACCAGCAAGCAUUCCACCACCCGUACCCCCUACACGUCGACCUACAAAAGUACCACCACUCUCCCCAAUGGCCAGCAAAGCACCGUCACAGCUGUGACGGUCGUCUACCCCACGGGGGACAGCACCACCCAAGGCGCUGCUACAACUACCGGUCCGGCCCCCGGCCUGCAAACCGGCAAUGCUGCAUCCAUCACCGGGCUUCAGAAGGAGCUGCUCGUCAUGCUUGGAGGCGCUGCGGCCGUGGCCAUGGCUCUCUAG